AUGUCACGGCGUACCACCCCAUCUUACUCGUCGAUUGGCACCAUCGUCCCGAACCCCUUAACGGUUUUGUUCUCCAUUAGAUGGGAAUUCAUUGGCCGAAUAUGUCGUGAGAGUUCACGCGUCACUGUCUUCAGGGAUAAGAUGGGAUCUUUUCUCGCACAUUAUUUCAGACUAAUCUUGCUUGCUCAAAUUACCGACACCUCAUGGUCUUGGCUGAUGGGAGAUGAAAACGCACAUGGUUUUAUUCAUCGAGUCUUUGGACCACUUCGCCACGCCCACUGUUUCUACAAGGAGUAUGACCUUUUUCUCAAUACCGCUGUCCCUUUCUCUCCUCGCCUCAAAUGUUGUCGACUGGAUGGCUAUCAGGCUAUGAUCCUUAUCCCCAUGUUGUUGGGGGAAAAGAUCUGGCUCCAAAACCACAGGUCCCUUGCUGCAAUCCUAGUUUCCACGUUUGUGGCGUUCGUCCUCCUCCCCGGUGCCCCUAACUCAUGGGGAAGCUACUUCAUUCGUAUAUGGAGAGAGAAACAUUGUCGUCCUCGGCUUGCCAUUGGUUGCUUUACGGAACGCUGGGCAUUCUCAUGGUUGACGAAGCGAGUCAACGGUGUUCUUGCCGCCUACUUAGCUUCCCUGUCCACCGGUGUUCCCAUGGCACAAAUGUUACCACAAGUCCACAAUGGCCUUGACCUCUGUUAUUCCAAACCAGCCUGGCCUUCUCAUGUCGCCGUCUCUAUUGGACGUUGCUUUAAGUCCCUGCAGACGCAGCCCGUGGAGGUAGGUAUAAGGAUGUCGUUGAUAAAAGAGCAUCAAAGUUUUGACGUUGAUUCGAAUGGUCUGAUGGCUGGCUGGAGCUUGAAAGAGGCCCAGGGUAUUAUUAUGUACAUCAUAGCCUGCUCCGAGGUAAACCCUCCUCCAAACGCCGGCUCCAUCCCGCAACCAACACUGAGCUUGCCUCAUAUUGCUCUGGACUGGUGUCUAUGCAAAUCAAUGGCAUACCCUCCGCCUGAAACUCCCGCCCCUAAUGUCUAA